UUGUGUCGACCAGAGGUCGAGGUUAAUGUAGAUGUGAUGGAUAUGGAAAAUCAUUUCAUUUUGGAUUAGACUUGAGCCUGGCACAUAGGGUGAACACCAGAUCGAUAUCGAUUGCAACGUCUGUUGCUUCCCUACUUCCGCCUCCCAAGUUAAUCCAUGAAAGCAUCUGUGCCAAAAUCUCCAAAUUGAUGAUCCCUAACACCUGAAUAAGCUUCGAACUUUAUCCCCAACAUCCACCAUGGCUCACCCGCAAGUCUACAUGGCCGUUGAAAAGUACGACCAAAGCCCACACUCUUUUACCAUCCCCAAAUCCAGCUCACCGUCUCCAUCAUCGUCGCGUCAACAUCUCAAUCACUCCUUUCUUCCUUUACCGCCGGCUGAAAAAAGGAGGAUAUCGGGUUUGCGUUCUGCACUAGAUGUCGUUAAAGCCCUUGUUCUUCCGGUCGUGGCAAUCGGGUAUCUCGCUUUUUGCUACUCAGUUCAUAACCACAUUGCUCCCGUUACGGGCGAAGGCAUUGUCGAUCUCUCGUCUUACUCCUUGGCGAACGUGAAAUCUGGGAUUACCGCCAUCAGCAUCUUGGUCGUAUCCAUAGGUCUUUGGCCGAUGAAGUCCUUGGUCCAGGACCUUCACAGCGAAGAAUUUUUCCGUGUCUUGACAGCGCACCAAGCUGGUGUCCCAUUGUCUACAAUAAACACAAUCUCUUCUCCCUCUUUCGGCACUUUCAACUCAUUUAUGGCCAUCGCUCGUCGGCACUGUUCUUCAUACUUCACACUCUCUUUCAUUUCUAGUUUUAUAGUUCUCGCUGCAUCUUCUUUAGCUCCUUCCGCGUUGUCGGUCGAUUCCAUGCUUGUGGAUGGCCAAGUUCUAGCCUUCUCCGUUGGUGCAGUAUCGGCAAACUCCGCUUUGAACGUCUCUGAUAUUGAUGCAUUUACCUUCCAAAUGCCUGCAGAAAACGUCCGCAGAAACACGCAAGAAGCUGCGGCUAUUGCGUGGGCUGAGAGCUCUUUAAGAUCUCAAUACAUGUUCAGACUCCCAUCGAACGGCACCUCGUAUAUCAUUCCUAUUCCGGAAAACCUACCUACUACGACUAGUGCACGGUGGCUUACAGAUGUCGUCGCUCUUAACCCAUCCUGUGCCUGGCAACAGACCAAUGUCUCCUCGACGCUCCAGAUCAGUUCGAACACGACGUCCAACAACACUAGCUUUCUGUCAGAUGAUGUAUACGUGAACAUGCCAGCUGUCUCCACCGAUAUCAAGCUGCCCUGGAAUACUAUCUUGCUCAUAUGUGACUAAAAUUAGCCAUCUACGAAAUUGGGAUAAUACCAAUUGACCUAUUCGACGUCUUGAAUUCGACGAGUCAUGAUCCAGCAUCCAAUGGCGCCUCUGUUUGGAUCAUAGCGU